AGUGGCUACAUAGGAGGAGACGUCCUAUAUGAGCUUCUGAGAGUGCAUCCUGAAUGGGAACACAGUAUCACUUGUCUAGUGCGAAACCCAGCUCAUGAAGCACAAUUCAAAGCAAGAUACCCAAAACUAAGGCUAGUUUUUGCUACGCUUGACCAAACAGCUAUUAUUGAGGAGGAGGUAGCAAAACAUGAGAUAGUCCUUCAUUUUGCGAUGAGUGCGGACAAUGUGCCAUCUGCGACAGCGAUUGUGAACGGAUUGCGGAAGAGGGGGGGGAGGGACAAAGCUGUUCAUCGCAAUGUCGACAAAAUUGUCUUGGCAGCUGGCUCUGAUACACUGAAGACUGCGAUUGUUUGUCCUUCAACUGUUUUCGGAGCCGGAAGGGGCCCUGUCUUGCGGAGAACCGAACAGAUGUAUAAUCUCACUAGGCUUAUUCUUGAAACUGGCAAGGGGCUUCAGCUAGGCGAUGGGAAAUCUUUCUGGAAUUCCGUUCAUAUUCAUGACCUGUCUCGUUUAUAUAUUCGCCUGAUCGACGAAGCUAUUUUCGGAGGAUCCAAAGCUUCAUGGAACUCCGAGGGCUAUUACCUCGUGGAAGGUGGGGAGUACUUCUGGGGGGAUAUCUGUCGCAGAAUUACGAGAGAGGCGUAUAAGCUUGGACUCCUGGGCUCGGAAGAGAUGAUGGUGCUUGAUAUGGAGGACCGUGCAAUAAUGGCGCCUGCCGGCCGUCCUGUGGCUAACUAUACA